AUGACUGCAAUUCAGACUCUCGUACAAAAACUGAGUUCUCCUGGUCCUGACCGCAGCUACGGAACUCUUGUCCAGACCUGUUCUUCUUGCGACUUCUCACAGCAUGAUCCUGACUUCUCUUUCAACCUCGUUAACUCCCUAUACACAAACCUCAGAUACGAAGCAGAACGAAACAAUAACGGUGUCGAGAGCGGAAAGGCUGUGGCACUGGUCUCAACAGAUAUCUCAGCUCCCGCUGGAUAUCUUCCAAGAACAGCCUUGGACGAGAUAUUCAAGAAGGCGCAUGGAUCCGUGGCGUAUACCCAUCCCACAGAAGGCUGGACGCGGUACAUUGUACCUUGCAACGACACGCUCAAGAUCACUUACACCAUUGGGGGUGCCCAAUACCCCAUUCAUCCUCUCGACUUUACGCAAUUCUGGGAAGACCGACCCGAGUCUCUGAAGGACUACACCGUCUGCAUCAGCACAGUCAGGUCAUACGAAGGGUCCAAGGCAGACCACGAUAUCUCGCUGGGCGCAGCGUUUCUGCGCAACGUCUAUUCCAUCUUCGACUUUGGUGACUCUCAAGAAGACGGCACCCUCGGCGAGCCCUACCUCCAAUUCCUCCCUCAAUGGACACACGGGGAUGGCGACCACUGGAAGGACCUGCACCGAAACAUGGACGGUCGGCCCCCUGAGCUCGAGCCUGCCAAAGUCGUCCAAAUCCUCUCUUCCUCUUCCUCCGGUUCAUCGUCUGACUCUGGAACAUCGAGUAACAAGUCGACCAACAAGCCUGAAGCCCACUCUGGCAGUAACCACAAGACAGGUAGCGACAUAGACGGAGGAAACAUCCUGACCUCCGCCAAUUCGGCCAACCGACCUGCCUCAUCCUCUUCCGGAAGUAGCAUCGACAGGUUCAUGCCAGCGGUUAUCGCCCUAUUGGCAGUGAACCUCAUCAUCGGACUCAUCCUAGCGGUAUUGAGCGUCUUGAAUUACAUCAAGAAGAAUGGCGCGGCAAAGAAGGCUGGGAUUCCGCAUUAUAUUCCCGUUAGCAAGAGGGAUCAAGUGCUCUUCGAUGCAAAUGACAACCCCUCGGGCCACGCCAAUCGAUACGGAUAUUCGUCCAUGAGCGAGUAG